AGACCUAGCUCACUUGAAUUUACCUCUAUAAAUAUACUACGUAAUUGGAAAAGAACUUAGCAAGUUUGCCAUAUUAUUCUGAAUUGUUUAACCUCUUGGCUCUUCAAAUACCAGCAUUGGCUACCCCUUAUUGUUAAUUGAUCAGGCUAAAUUGAGCUACGGGAAGUGCGUAUAAGGAAAGAGGCUGCCUAAAACCAUGGAAUGCGCUUCAAAUAUCAGGCUUCCGGUCAUAAAUUUAACGGAGGAAAUCCUAAGAUCCGGAAAAGAUUCUUGGACUGAAGCGCGAAACAUUGUCACACGGGCAUUUGAAGAGUAUGGCUGUUUCAUAGCUGUUCAUGAUAAGUAUCCUUCAGAGGUUAGUGAUUCCAUGUUCUCUGAGCUGCAAGAUUUGUUUAACCUCCCGUUGGAGAUUAAAGUCCGAAACACUUCUCAAACUCCCCUCAUUGGUUAUGCUCGGCCAAGACCCAACGUGCACCUCUACGAAAGCCUGAGCAUUGAAGAUGCAACAAAUCUUGAAGCAGUCGAGAAGUUCGCAAAUCAGAUGUCGCCCUCCAAAAAUAACCAUUUCUGCGAACUGUUUCAUUGCUAUGCAAAUCAAGUAGCAGAAUUAGAUAAAAUGGUGAGCAAAUUUGUGUUUGAAAGCUAUGGUGUGGAGAAGUACCACGAAUCUCAUGUGGGAUCAGUGACUUAUACUGUUAGACUCAUAAGGUACAGGGUACCCGAACAGAAUGAGGUGAAUGUCGGCGUUGCUCCUCAUACUGACAAGAACUUCAUAACCAUACUUCAACAGAAUGAAGCUGAUGGUUUAGAAGUUCAGUUGAAGAAUGGAAGCUGGAUUCCUAUUGAUUUUCCUCCUUCCUCCGUAGUAGUCAUGGCUGGAGAUGUAUUCUCGGUGAGAUAUUUUCUUUUUUGUCAUUAAAUGUGCAAGCCUGGAUCAUAUUAAACUUGAUUAGUUACAACAUUGCAAUCCUCUAAAAAUCCAUGUUUUAAAAUUCCAUUUUCCUUUUCAAAUCAUUUCCCUUUGUCAUGAAUAUACCGGGACAAUUUUUAUGUGUUUUCACCUGGAACAAAAAUGAAAACAAAUAUGCAGAAGAAAGAUUAGACAAUAACAAUAUAUUAAUAC